AUGGAGAUACACGACUCAAAAUUACGAUCGAUGCUGGGCUGGAAAGCACAGAUUAUCCUGAGCACAAUUAAUCGUCCUACGUCGACAACUGCUAGAUCUCCAUGGCAGUUGAAAAAUUUGUGUAAACGCGUUGAUCACCACCGGGCCCUCAACCGAAUGGUGGAAGAAGAAGCCGAUCUUAUACGGCAGUUGACGCGCUUAAACUUAUUUGCGCCAAAUUUGCUGAUGAGCGAAGUAUGCCGUUUACGAAUGCUGCAGGAAUAUUUGCCCCGCACGCUGGCAGACGUGUUGUCGGAGCGAUAUCGGAACCAACAAGGGCCACUGGAACCUGCAAAAGCGAUGAAAGUUGUCGUUGCUGUGCUGGAAACACUUCAGCACAUACACGAAAACCUUCAUCUGAUUCAUGGCGAUUUGAAAUCUUUCAACAUCAUAAUGGAUAAUGAUUUUCAAAUGAUCAAGAUGUGUGGAUUUAGCGCCAAGUCCAAAAUGUUGGGCAGUGAUAUACGCACAAUAUAA